UGACACCCAGGAGGCCCAGGGGAUCAGGAACGUGUGUCAUCUGUGAGCGCCCCCAUCUCACGCGCGGCGAUGCCAGGGUCGCGGCUGCGGGGAUGCCCUCGCCGGGUGCUGGGAGAGGGCUGUUUGAACAGCAGGGCCCGCCUGCCUGCAAGCUGUCGCUGUAUUUGGUUCCACAAACAGUUAUCUCAUCUGCUCGCCAGCCCUGGAGUCGGGCCGUGAGUCCUGCCUGCGUGGGGGCCACGGGGGGAGGCGGCCAGGGUCAUGCCGUCCGCCUCAACCUUACCCCGCGGCGUCUCGAGGGCUCACUCCAGGGGCAGCUGAGAGGCAGGAGAGGGCGCGCCCCAGAAACAACUCGCUGGGACGGGCGAGCUCGUGGAGAAGUCACCCAACUCCGCCUGCCGUGGCCAGAACACCCCUCGUUCCAUAGCAUAGAACCACCAGGUGCCGGCUCUCAGAUUCCUGGGUCGGGAGUUUGGACGGGGCCCGGCGGGGACGCCCAGUCUCCACCUCGUGAUGUCCUCAGACUCUCCCUCUGGCCACCCAGGAUGGGGGACUCCUCGUGGCUGCCAGGGAGCCCGGGCCUCUGGGGCCACUGCAAAGCCAGGAGCAGCCUGGCACCUCGUGGUAUGCCUGUCCGCCAUCAGCUGACACAGUUUGUCCCCCUGGGCACCCCGGCUCCCACCCCACGUGGGGCGGUCCCUGGAGAAGGACAGAUGGACCCUCCCCUCCCAGAGGCGCCGGCCCCUCCCCUCGCCUGUCUGGACACAGGGCAGAAUCUGAAUACCCAGGGCCUGGCCAGGGUGCAAGAGAUGAGGAUUUUUCAUUUCUCUCCAAACUGGAAGACAGCGGAGCUCUCGAACUGCAGCAGAGCUUCAGUCCCUCACUCCUCCUCUGAGCCCCCUGCAUGCUGGGGGUGGGUGGGCCUGGCCAAAGCCACCGUGCCCCCAGCUUCGGGGGGGCUGGGGGUUUGCGUUCUGACUCCAGGCGGCGCUUCCCUGCCCCCCACCUCCGCUCACAUCUGCUCAUCAGGGCUCCCCCUCCAGCGUGACCCCGCUUUCCAGCCGUUGCUUCCUUCCUGGACGAAGCCCGGGAGGCUGGCCCCAGGGUGGGCGUCACUGCUGCCCGGCACAGCGCACGCCCAGCGGCUCUGGGACGCCGGCACAGAGCUGGGUGACGUGGAGCUGAGACGAGCCGUCGAUUAGAACGCAGUUGGUUCGGCGGUGCUUGCUCGUUCCUUCGACAGGUAGCGCCUGAGGGCCUGUCGUGCGUCGGUGCUGUUCCAGGAUCGAGCGGACGGACCGCUGCCCUUGCGGGGCUGCUACUCUGUUUGGGGAGAGAUGGACAAUAAACGAAGGGGUUGAGGAACAUUUUCUCUACCAGGGCCCGCGGGGAGGGCCUGUGGCUGGGGGGAGGUUGCUGUCCUUGCCAGGUCCAGCUUCUCUGAUGAGGUGACAUUGAGCUGAAGCCUGGAAGGGAGGGAGCCAGGAGGCCACCAGGGCACAGCCCCUCUGGCCUAGGGAACAGCCUGUGUGAAGUCCCUGGGGCACGAGUGUGCCAGGCACAUUUGAGGACCAGCGAGGUGGGCUUGUGGCUGGAGAGACACGAGGGAGGAGUGCCGAGAAGGGCGGAGCACGGCCCGGGAACCGCCGGUGGGCACUGAGGACUUUGGCUGGUGGAGGUGCUGGCAUCCACACUGAGGCGUGGGGACUUCCCUGGCGGGGGAGUCUAGCGGCCGAGACUCUGUGCCUCCUCAGCAGGGCGCGUGGAUUCGACCCCUGGUCAGGGAACUAAGAUCCCACGUGCCGCGUGGCCCGGCGAAAAGUAGAGCAAAAACGAUACUAAGGCAUGCAAAAGCCACGAGCUCCCCGUGUGCCCGGCUUUGCGCUGAAGCACUCGCAGGGCUGAUCCGACGGGAGCCCUGGCAUCGCCUGGGGUCUGCCUGCCCCCCACCCUCAUGACCGCACGG